AUGGCGAGUGAGAAGGUGGCGUUUUGCAGCCUAUUGCUGCUGCUUGGCCUAGCAGCCAGCGCCCAUGGCGGGCGCAUAUUGGUGUGGUACACAGAGGCUAGCCACUGGAUCAACAUGAAGCCCGUCCUGGAGAAGCUGGUAGACCGCGGGCACAGCGUGAGCGUCCUGAUUCCCAGCGCGUCGCUCUUCAUGAACGCUAGCGACGAGUCACGCUUCCACUACUUGCCCUUCAAUGUCUCAGUCUCUCUGGCGGAAAUGGAGAGCUUCAUGGAGGAAUUUCUGUCCUUCUCUAUGUACGAGAUCGACUACCUUAACUACUUUCAGUUGUAUGCCAAAUUUGCCGCCUUGAUGAAGCGAGACAUGGAGUACUCUUUCAAGUAUCUAGACGGCGUGGUCAAGUCAGAUGAGUUUUUGAACAAGCUGAAGGAAGGCAAGUAUGACCUCCUCUUGGCAGAUCCAAUCUACCCGGGCAGCGAUCUGGUGGCCGAGAUCCUGGACGUCCCGCUGGUCUACUCGCUGCGCUUCUCAAUGGUCCAUAACUGGGAGCGGUACUGCGGCCAGCUGCCAUCCCCACCGUCUUUCGUGCCUGCCGCCAUGAGCAAACUGACCGACAGGAUGACGUUUUCCGAAAGACUGUGGAACUUCCUCUUCUACGCUUUAAAUGACGCAUUCAUUGAAUUCACCAUUUGGUCAGAGGUGGAUAAAUACUACACAGAAUUCAGAGGCAAGCCCACAAGCGCCUGCGAGAUUGUGGGCAGGGCAGACAUCUGGCUGAUAAGGACUUACUGGGAUUUUGACUACCCUCGUCCUUUCCUGCCCAACUUCAAGUUUGUCGGCGGCAUCCAUUGCAGACCCGCCAAAGCUCUACCCGAGGAUAUGGAAGAGUUUGUGCAGAGUUCAGGCGACGAUGGCGUUGUCGUCUUCACAUUGGGAUCCAUGGUUAAAAAUAUCAGCAGCGAGAAGGCCAACAUGAUUGCUGCGGGCCUUGGGCAGAUCCCCCAAAAGGUGCUAUGGCGGUACAGUGGAGAAAAACCGUCAACUCUGGCCCCUAACACUAGACUCUACGACUGGAUCCCUCAGAAUGACCUGCUGGGUCACCCCAAGACGCGAGCAUUCAUCACUCACGGCGGCACUAACGGCAUUUAUGAGGCUAUCUACCACGGGGUGCCCAUGGUAGGCAUUCCCAUGUUCGCCGACCAGCCCGACAACAUGGUGCACAUGAAGGCCAAGGGUGCCGCAGUCACUGUCGACUUCAACUUUAUGACGUCGGAGGACCUCAGCCAAGCCAUCAGGACCAUUGUUGAGGACAAAUCGUACAAGGAGAACGCCAUGCAUCUGUCCGUCAUCCAUCACGACCGACCAAUGAGCGCGCUGGAUGAAGCCGUAUUCUGGAUCGAGUUUACCAUGAGACACAAAGGCGCUAAGCACCUCAGGGUCCACUCCCACGAGCUGACCUGGUACCAGUACCACAGUUUGGACGUGGUCGGGUUCUUGCUGGCAGUCGCCCUGCUUUCCACGCUGCUUGUCAUCCAGAUGUGCCGCUGUUGCCUGCGCAGAUGCUGUGGGCGAAGCAAGAAGUCCAAGAAGAAGGCAGAGUAA